CUGGAAACUUCUGCUGGAAUGGAAUUCAUUUUGAGUGCAUCUGAGCAUAUGCAAAGUAUAUUCUCCUGCACUGCCAAGCAACUACAGUCCACGUGGUGCAAGGGUUCCAGGGAGGAUGGUAUGUUGCCCAUUCCAGCUCAGCCCCUCUGGCCCCUCAGUACCUCUCUUAUAUUCAGAAAUUAGGCAAACACACAAAAAUCCCUUUUGAAAAAUCGGAAGGAGGGGGACUAAUACACUCUCUGAGUAUAGCAAGGGGUGGUUUAAAAGAAUAUACCAGAGGAAACAUUUCAGCGAGUCACUCCAACAGACAGCCUCUGCUAUAGAAUUUGUGAAGCAUAAAUUUGCUUUGAUCCAGCAACAGCAACAGCCUUCCUGAAGAAACCCAUCACCGGAAUCCUGCCUGGAUGAAGCCCACCACCUCAAUGGAAAGAAACUAGGUCCAUGUCAAGCCUCGAGUCACCCCUGGAGCGGUCCUAAAAAGGCUACCAAAGAGCAUCCAGUCUUAAGGGUGACACUUAAGCAAAGAGACCCCCGAAGAGGACUGCUUGGAUUCCCGCCCCCCCCCCGCCGAGAUUCUUUGCAUUUCUUUCAAGUCCUCCCUCCCUUCCGCUUUAUCUUUUUCUUACCAGGUUGCCCGGACCACCCGUCACCAUUUCUACCACGGGGAGGCAACGGGUCCAGCCCCUCCAGCGGCUGAGCAUUGGCAGGAAAACUUUGAUCGCCGCAGCCAUCGGGGUGGUGAUGAUCCUGAUCCUGGUGAUCUUGAUCCCGGUGCUGGUGAACUCCGUGGGCAUGGACGGGCACUACGAGAUGCUGGGCACCUGCCGCAUGGUGUGCGACCCCUACCUGGGCAAGACCACCUCCACCACCAGCGCCAGCAUCCGGGCCGAGGGCGCCGAAGGGCUCGUCAGCGGCGGGGUGCCCCCUCCGUCCACCCUGGUGCAAGGACCCCAGGGCAAGCCAGGGAGGCCGGGCAAGCCGGGCCCGCCGGGCCCUCCGGGAGAGCCGGGCCCCCCAGGGGCCAUGGGGCCCCCAGGCGAGAAAGGGGACCCGGGCAAGCCAGGCCCGCCCGGGUUACCCGGCCCGGGCCUGAGCAGCGGGGCCAUCAGCACCGCCACCUACACCAUGGUGCCCCGCGUGGCCUUCUACGCCGGCCUCAAGAACCCGCACGAGGGCUACGAGAUCCUCAAGUUCGACGACGUGGUGACCAACUUGGGCAACAACUACGACGCCGCCAGCGGCAAGUUCACCUGCAACAUCCCCGGCACCUACUUCUUCACCUACCACGUCCUGAUGCGAGGCGGGGACGGGACCAGCAUGUGGGCAGACCUGUGCAAGAACGGGCAGGUCCGGGCCAGUGCCAUUGCACAAGAUGCAGAUCAGAACUACGACUACGCUAGCAACAGCGUCAUCCUUCACCUGGAUGCUGGUGAUGAAGUUUUCAUCAAGCUGGACGGAGGCAAAGCCCAUGGGGGCAAUAACAACAAAUACAGCACCUUUUCGGGAUUCAUAAUCUACUCGGACUGAGGGCUGCGCAGCCACACUGGUUCCCAGCCCCCUGGAUUUCUAUAUGUGACAAGGACAGUUGCGGAAUCCACCUCCACUGACAUCUUUGUGCACACCUGGUCUCCCCCACCUGAGGCCAGGAAUGUGGUGGUUGGUCCCAUUGCCCUGCCCUCUAGGGGGCACUAUGGAGGAGCAGCAGAUGAUUCAAGUCAAUCCCCAUCCCCAUCUCUUUUCCUUCCAUGCAUUUGCAGGAGCACCACUAGUGGUCACCAAGCCUUUCAAGGGUGUAUUAGUUUAUGGGAAGAUGGCUAAAGGAAGUGAAGGGCUUGCUCAAAGAACCUGGGGAGGAGGGGCCAUGGGGGGGUCUAAAAAGUCUCAUCUCAACAUUCACAACACAUAUUUUCAUCUCCGUCCCAGGGGGCUUGUUGAUACCCAACUCAAGGCAGAGAUUUGAGAGCAGAUCUUCAAAUCUCCAUGCCAAAACCCAACAUUUCAAACUUGGAUUUGAGUGCUAUAUUGGGAUGGGUUCUGUAUCUCUGUGUGUAUACACAUGGUUGCAUAAAUUCAGGAUAAAAUUCAGUUUUAAAAUAUGGGGGGAAAUGGGAGUUCAUGCAAUUAAUAUAGAUAAAUUUUGAAUUUUAAAAAAAUGUCUAUGAUGACAUCCCAAAUAUUUCAAAUGGAUAUGAAAUAUUUAUUUAUUUAUUUAUUUAUUUAUUUAUUUAUUUAUUUAUUUAUUAUGUAUUAGUAUAUCCCAAUCCUCUAGGACAAUACUACUCAAGGCAGCUCACAACAGUAAAAUACAACACAACAAAACACAAUGCAGAAUAAAAACACUUAAACCCAAUUAAAACUAAAAACCCACUGGACUGUAAUAAAACACAUUGAAAUGUUUUCUAUUUUCCUUUAAAAAGGGGUGCCCUAUGUUGUUUCAGAGGUGGUGGUUGUUAUCCUGAAUCGACACCUCCUUGAUAGCAUGAAAAAGGAAACGGAAGAGCUUUUCGCACCACACCCUUGCUGACUUCUUCAAGUCACUGCCUGGACCACCCACCCCCUAUGUAACCAAGUCAGAGAAUGGUCAUACUUUUGUUUACAUUAUCUCUUAAUAAAGAGAUGAAACCAGAGCAAGUCAAUGGCCCCUUAAUAUCCUGGGUCUCUUUUCCUCACUUCUUUCUUGCCCCAAACUCAGAUUGCACCUUAGAUCACAACUCCCCACUCCACUCUACAUUUGCUAUCUGUAUAACCUCCCGCUAUUGAUCUUCCAUGAACAGCCCUUUCCACUGUUCAUCAGCCCCUCUCUUUGAAAAGGAAGUCCACCUAUUUAUUGCUGGUCAAAACACUGCUGGCCAGAGACCUUCUAUAUAUCCUCAACAUCCAUCCUCUGUCCAAGCAGCCAUCGUGAGCACACACAAACCCAUCCAGUAUAAGUCACAUUUAACCCAUUCCCACUGAGUGGAGGUGGGUGGAUUCCAACUCACUGUGUAGAUAUGUACAAUAUAUAUGUAUAUUCUCCAGAUAGGUCCUGUUACAAGAAUUCAACAUCCAUAGCAUCAAAAGAUGCAAUGGCACGAGGGACAGCAGCCCCCCGCCCAUAAUCUUAACCACAUUUGUUUUUGUUUUUUGGGGUCUAUGAUAUAACAUCGCUCCAUCUUUCCCCCAUCCCAAUUUAGCAUCCAGCAGAGGGUUUGUUUUGCUGGGUUUCCAAUGAGAGACAUGUGGGAUGGGGUCAGGGUGGGGAGGCUGAUUUUUCUUACUAAUGUCCAAGCAAAGUCCAUGAUCUUAACAAGAGCUGUGAUCAUCUCUGA